AUGUCUCGGCAGCUGGAUCUGAUGAGCCUAUCCUUCCAUCGGCGCUGGGAGAAGGUUGGUGUGCGAGCUGACCUGGAGGAUCUACUGCACCCACCACCGUUGGAGGGACAUGAGCAGAGCUUCAGCUCCAUCUCAGCGUCCCAGAGGCUCGUCUACUUGGACUCUGUCCGCCCAGUCUCGAAGGAAGUCACCAUCGAGGCAACGCCACUGCCAUACGAGACCAAGCCCAAGGCCAAGCCCAAGCCCAACAAGAAGAUCCUGCAGAAGAUGGCACUGGUCAACGUCCUGAUGGGCGUCGAAGAUGCCCCGGAGGUCAACCCUCGAGGCUUGCCCUACGACCCGCUUGAGACAGUCCUGGCCGGCAUGCAGGAGUUGCAUGACGAAGAUGGCCCCAUGGCCGUGCUGCAGCAGCGGCGCCUGGCCAAGUUCCGGCAACAGCGCCCGCCCACGGCGGUGCGGCGGUGCACGGAGAAGGCACCUGCCAUGGCGCCUACACCGCUUUUGGAUGCCAGCUGGCAACCUGAGAGCCGAGAGAAGCGACGCUUCAACCAGCCCAAGCGCCUUCUGGCGCUCGGCGAGUUCAACUCCUGGGCGCAGCGCACCUUCGGAAGCUUGGAGGCUGCGCGAGACGCACUCGGCAUGGCUGGGCGGGUGAGCAGAGAUCAAUUCGUGGAGGCUCUCACAGAGAAGGAUUAUCCUUUUGGUGGGAUCGGCGCGAAGACCUUAUUUUUUUUCUGCGACUCAGAUGAGGAUUCUGCCAUCAGCUGGCAAGACAUUGCAUGUGGUUUGGAAGAGGCCCCGGCGCCGGGGCCUUCCUGCUGGGAGGCGCUGAGCCAACAUGCCGAGGAGGCCCGCAAGCUCCGGUGCCAGGACCCCAUCGAGGAGUAUCUCAUCGGCAAGCACGUGGAAACCCUGACGCUCCGAGGGAAGCCCAAGGCCACCUUCCAAGAUGGCCUGGAUGGGCUGCUGAAGCUGACCUGGUUCACCGAGCCCGAGGUGGCUGAGUUCCUGGAGUUUGUCUUCUCCGAAUUUAGGUCCACGUCGAUGGUCUGGUGCUUCCUGGACUCGAAGCAAGACGGCAUUGUCACCCUUGAGGACUUCUGCCGAGAGAUGCGGUGCUUGCGGUCCAGAAAUCACCGACAGCCAGUGGAGGCCCACAUGCUGGGGCUGUUUGACCAGUUGGACACCAACAAACAGAACCGGGUGAGGUUGGCCGACGUGCUGGCGCAGGGCCUUGACGCAGGCAAAGGCAGGCAGGCGCUGCUGGCGCGGUUCCGGGGCUUCUUAGAGGAAUUGACCUCUUCCGAAGACCCCAAGAUGAAGGAGCUGAGGGAGACCUACACCUCGCCUUCAAAAGCCUUCAAGACCAGCGCCGCUGGAAAGGUGACUCGGGCGAAUUUCAUUGAAGGCUUAUAUCGACUGCGGUAUGACGAGUGGCACCUGAGCAGUCUUUUUGCGAGGAUUGAUCGUGAUGGCUCUGGUGAUAUCACCAUGGAAGAUCUUCUCAAUUUCCUGAGAGAGGCCGGUCCAGGCGGCCGAUACCGGAUGCCGGUGGCCACACGCGCCAUGCCAGAAGUGCGAGAGCGUGGUACAAACAAGUUGGUUCAGCUCAACCACAGUUCCAUCGAUGCCUCUGCCAAGCUCUCGCAGCUCAACGACUGGUUCAGCGACGAAAGGACAAUUGAUGAGCUCGCCGGGAACGUGGCGACAAAAAACGAUCGGAUAAGCAUCGCCCUGGUGAAGAUCACGGAGCCUACCAGCGAGCCCUGGCUGACCCUGCACUACGACGAGUGGAUGUGUGUGCUCAAGGGACGUUUGGUGCUUCUCCACGGCAGCGGCUCCCUGGAGGUUCCAGCAGGGCAGACGGUCUACAUCCCCAGAGGGGAACGCUUCCGACCAACUUUCCCAGAUGGGAACACAGAGUACAUUCCGGUUUGCCUCCCGGCGUUCCGGCCGGACCGCUGCUUGCGGGAGGAGGGCAAUGGAAGUGACGUUAGCGCCAAGCUGCAGGAGCUGCACGGAGGCAAAGCUGGUUACCCCAGGCCAGCUCUGAGUCCUGCUGAGGACCCUGCGCCGGAGGUGAUGUAUCACAUGUGCCAAAAGUCCUUGUUGGAAGAGGCCCAGAAGUCGGAUGAAGCAUAUUUUCCACCGACCUUUGAGAAGGAUGGCUUCACGCAUGCGACUGCGGUGCCAUCCAGGCUGCUGGACACGGCGAAUCACUUCUACCAGGAUGUACCUGGUGACUGGGUGUGCAUCCGCUUCCGCCGCUCCGCGCUACGGCGCCUGGGCAUCAUCACCCGCGACGAACAGGCCAAGCCCGUGGGCAAGAAGGAGAUCAGCUCCGCAGCGGCGACAUUUGUUUGGCCGCACGUCUUCGGCGGGAUACCCCCACAGGUGGUUGAUGCAGAGUUCCCCAUGCUGCGUGAGGGCCGCGCUUUCGUAUCAAUCUCGGGGCUGACGCGGGUGUUCAAGCUCGCGACGGCCAGCGAAGAGCUGAAGUUCCGAGAGCAGGGACACAUCUGCUCCGCGCUAGAUGAGAAGGACGGCUUCGUGCACCUCAGCGACUCCUCGGCGGCUCCUGUGGUGGCGCGAAGUUUCUUCAGCGGCGUUCAGGAUCUGAUGCUCCUGGAGAUCGAUCCCGACGGUCUCCCAGCACCGAUCACUUGGGUCCUGGGGUCGAUGUCGGAUCCGGCACCGGACGCAGCCAAGCAGAAAGCCACCAGUGUGAUCCACUACUUGAAGCCGGAGGGCUGCGUGCACGUCUAUGGCAAGGUGCCAAUGGACGCAGUCUUGCGUGCGGAGGCUGUGCCGCUUCAGGAUGGAGCGCACGUCUUCCCAUCGUGGCUUUCCUAA